AUGCAAUCGCAAGCAGUUCAUAUGAUGAUUUUAUUAUUAAUAGUCCUCGUGUUGUUGAUUAUAUAUGCAUGUGCAGCAGCUGCAGCACAAGAAGUUUAUUAUCCGAACGCAAAGCCGUUCUGCAAAGAGAAAUGUGGAGGCGUCUUGAUCCCCUACCCUUUUGGAAUUGGACACAAAGAUUGCUACUUAGACGACUGGUUUGAAAUCGAGUGCAGCAACCAGUCUUCUAAAACUACCAGCUCUGCUCACAAGCCUGUUUUGAAGCGAGCCCAACUGGAGGUGCUGAGUAUUUCUAUUGAAGGCACGCUUCGGGUGAACAGCCCUGUUACCUUCUUCUGCAACGGAAAUGGAAGUAGCGAAAUGGCUAAUUUGAUGGGCAGCCCUUUCGUCUACUCUCAGGACAAAAACAGAUUCACUGCAGUUAGUUGUGGCUUCCUUGCCAUGAUGGAAUCAGCUGAGUUUGUGGUCGGUGGGUGCAGGUCAGUUUGUGAUUAUGGAAGCUAUAAUGCUUCCUGCGAUAUUGGUAUCAACUGUUGCCAGACUACUAUUCCUCCAUAUCUAAUUAUGAUAGGCGCUUCCAUUCUAUACAAAGGCGAAACUCGAAAGGCUGAUUGUGACGACUAUGCGUUUCUGGUUGACAAGGAUUGGUUUCAGAGAUCAUCUUAUAUUUAUGAUGUCAAGAGUAUAAUGCACGUUCCUGUGGUGCUAGAAUGGAAUAUAAUCAACUCUACUUCUUCACGAGCAUUAUUUGGAAACUACGUUACAGAUAAUUUUGAUCCUGAUGAUUAUAAUGAUUGCUCAACGCUUUCUUGUUACUGCCGAAAAGGCUUUGUAGGAAAUCCCUAUCUUCUUGAAACUUGUCAAGAUAUCAACGAAUGUGAAAACCCCAAUAUAUGUGGUCACGGCAGUUGUACAAAUAUUCCAGGGCACUUAUGCUCCACGGAUAUGCCACCGAGACUACGGAUUCCCGUGGCCCUUUUAGUUGCUGGCGGUGUGAUUGGACUCUUGUUUCUACUAAUUGGAGCUCGGUGGUCGCACAAAGUUAUAAAGAAGAGGAAGGAUAUCAAACGCAAGCAAAAGUUUUUAAAACAAAAUGGAGGUUUAUUGUUGGAGAAGCAAUUAUCUUCUGGUGAAGUUAAUGUUGAGAAAAUUAAGGUGUUCAGUUCAAAGGAUUUAGACAAAGCCACAGACAAGUUCAGCAUAGAUAGAAUUCUUGGUCAAGGAGGUCAAAGUACUGUUUACAAGGGAAUGUUGUCAGAUGGAAGAAUUGUUGCUGUCAAGAAGUCUAAAAUAGUUGCUGGAGGAGAAGUCGGACAAUUUAUAAAUGAAAUUGUCAUUCUUUCCCAAAUUAUUCACAGAAAUGUGGUUAAACUAUUGGGGUGUUGUUUAGAGACUGAAGUCCCCCUUUUGGUUUAUCAAUUCAUACCCAAUGGAACGCUUUCUCAGUAUAUUCAUCACCCAAAUGAGGAGUUUUGUCUUACAUGGGAAAUGCUCUUACGAAUUGCCAUUGAAGUUGCAGGAGCUCUUUCCUACUUACACUCAGCUGCUUCCUUUCCCAUUUACCCCCGAGACAUCAAGUCUUCUAAUAUACUAUUGGAUGAAAAGUACAGAGCAAAAGUAGCUGACUUUGGGACUUCAAGAUCAGUUUCCAUUGAUCAAACGCACCUUACUACACUAGUAUAUGGAAAGUUUGGUUAUCUGGACCCGGAGUACUUCCGGUCAAGCCAGUUUACAGAGAAGAGUGACGUUUAUAGCUUUGGCGUGGCCCUUGCUGAGCUCUUGACUGGACAAAAACCAGUUUCUUUGAUGAGGUCACAAGAAAGCAGAAGUCUAGCAACUUAUUUCCUGCUUUCCAUGGAGAAUAAUCUUCUAUUUGAUAUUCUUGAUUCUCAAGUUAUGAAGGAUGGUAGAAAGGAAAAGAUUACAGCAGUUGCUAACCUUGCUGUUAGAUGCUUGAAUUUGAAUGGAAGGAAUCGUCCUACUAUGAAAAAAGAAGUAGCAAUGGAGUUGGAGGGAAUUCAAUUGUCAGUUAGAGCUGACUCUGAUGUUCAACAAGUUUUCCCAGAGGUCCGAUGUGUCCAAACUCAGGAAAUAAAUGAGGUUUGGGAUGCUGUUUCUACAUCAACAGGUCCUUGUACGGAUGGCGGUACAGGUUCUUCAUUCGAUGUACAACCAAUAUUGUUUUUCAAUACACAGUAGCGAACAAAUAUUUGUUGUAAUUAUAUAUUCUCGGUUUUUGGACUUGGAAUCAUCUUUUAGACUGUCACCUUAUCUGCAAGGAAAUUUUCUAGCUCUGUUUGUUGUGUUGGGUUUUAUACAAGACGAGAGAAGUGAAUGAUGGAAACAAGAUGAACUUAGAGGUCCCUUUUUUCUUUUUUUCUUUUUUUUCUUUUUUUUUUUGGGUGUGUCUGAACUC